UUUGCGUAAAAAAAAAUAUAAACAAAGUUGGCGGUAAAGAUGGAGACCGUGGAGAGAGAGAACUCGCCCAGCGAUGAAACAAAUCAAGAAUACAGAGUUCAAGUAACGUCUAAACAACAAGUCGUCGAACAGAUAAAUAAAUAUAAAGAUAUUCUGAAGACAGCCCUCAACGGUCAGCCGGAAAUUGCAGAGGAGACGAAGCGAGUUUUACUGCAGGAGCUGCUGGCGAACUUUGAGGCGGCUGUUCAGGACAAUGUGUUGGUGAAUGGACAGCGUUGGGAGGAGGCACCUGAUGCUGAAGAGGAUGAGGCUGUGGAUCUGGAAAGCAUCCUGGAUGACACCAUUGUUGAGACCACCAGGAGGCGCCGUGCCUACCCCAGAAAGAUCCUGCCCCAUGUGGUCCAUUCCCUCAAGGCUGAACGCAAAAUCAUGGGGCUGUAUGAGCAGGCAGUCAAACCUCAAGAGGUGAUCAAAGACCCUGAUCAAGAGAGCAUCAUGAAUGAUUUGUCAGCAGCAGCUCCUGUGAUGGUGAAACAGGCCAUCCAGGUCAUAAAGUCGAUCAACACUCUGCAGAAACAAGCCGAAGGCCUCUGUGAGAUCCUCAACAUGAAACCGAGUCACGCCACUCUAGAGAUCCACAGAGAAGUGUUCGGCUGCAGCGGUCAAUUAGACGCCUCGCUGCCUCCUGCUGGCUCAGCUACAAAGAUCAAACAGCCAAUCAAGAGAGCCGUAGAGGAAGCAGCAGCCACAGACUGCUAUGUGCCUCUCGCCAAGAAACCAGAUCGCUCCGUGGGAGAGGGCGAACCCGAGUGACGCUCUCCACAACCACCAGCACAGAACAAUAAGAUGGUGUGGUGUAAUGGACCAACAAGUUUUGUUUCUACAGCUGUUUAAAAGAAUAGACAACAGUGGUGAAACAGGAUCUGACUCUGGGGGUUUAUUCAUUUAAACUUUGUGUCGUUAAGGUUCCAUGUCUUACAUUAUCACUGCUGGGUAACUCUCUGACUCAGUCACAAACCAUAAGAGGGAGCUGUUCUCCUGAAACAAAUGCAGCCUAAAAAAAAUCACCUUAAAUAUGUUCAUCUGUUCAGUGAAGACAAACAUGUUUCAGUUACACCUCACACAGCAUCCAACUGAAUUAAGCCACAGAGGACCUCUAACUCUCUUAUUACACUCACCAAUAAAUCACUAUUAAAGUGAAAGUAAGAACCAUAUAAACAUUAACCCAUCACCUUAAUCUCGUCUGGUUUAGAAAACGUCUUAAUUUUAAGUCUCAGAUUUUGGAGAGAGACUUUGCCACUGAAUCUGUGAAAGAAUAAAGUAAAAAACUGUCGUAUUUAGGAUGAAAAUGAAUCACAUGAAAGUCUAAAAGUGACUUAUCCUGCUUAUAUUGUGUAAAAAUUCAUUUCCAGAAACUUUGUACUCUCCACCAGCUUUAACUAUUUCUCUUUCUUUGUUUUAUGGUCAUUUUUCAGAACCUGUAAAAAUGUUUUCUCGUAAUAUAAAGUUUUUACAACUUCCACAAUC